AGGCAGCGCGCGGUGAUGUCAGUGGCGGCCCGGCUGGCAGCAGCCGGUACUUCCUGUAUAAAGGCGGGCGGGCUCGGCUGCAAACCCCACUAGCCAGUGUCAGCCUCUCGGCGGGAGGAGGAGGCGGCGGAGGAGGAGCAGGGGGAGGGCUGUCAAAUUCGGGAGCCAGAUUUUUUUCCCUUCCCCUGGCAAUCCCUUCCGCUUCCCCGGCUCCUGGCGUGACAUCUGCGGACCUGGGACCUGUAUGUGUGUGCGCGCGAAGGAGCGGAAGAAUGGCAGUGCUCAAACUCACCGACCAGCCACCCCUGGUCCAAGCAAUCUUCAGCGGUGAUCCAGAGGAGAUACGGAUGCUCAUCCACAAAACCGAAGAUGUGAAUGCUCUGGAUUCUGAGAAGCGAACCCCGCUUCAUGUGGCUGCGUUUCUGGGAGAUGCAGAGAUCAUUGAACUCCUGAUUCUGUCAGGAGCUCGUGUAAAUGCCAAGGACAACAUGUGGCUGACCCCACUGCACCGGGCUGUUGCCUCCAGAAGUGAAGAAGCAGUACAAGUAUUGAUUAAGCACUCGGCUGACGUCAAUGCGAGGGACAAGAACUGGCAGACCCCCCUCCACGUGGCAGCUGCCAAUAAGGCUGUCAAGUGUGCAGAAGUGAUCAUUCCCCUGCUGAGCAGCGUCAACGUCUCCGAUCGAGGGGGGCGCACAGCCUUGCACCAUGCUGCCCUGAAUGGCCAUGUGGAGAUGGUCAACUUACUCUUGGCCAAAGGAGCAAACAUCAACGCAUUUGACAAAAAGGACCGGCGUGCUCUGCACUGGGCAGCAUAUAUGGGCCACCUGGACGUUGUGGCAUUGCUCAUUAACCACGGCGCAGAAGUGACUUGUAAGGAUAAGAAGGGUUAUACCCCCCUGCACGCUGCAGCCUCCAACGGACAGAUCAACGUUGUCAAACAUCUCCUGAAUCUAGGGGUGGAGAUUGAUGAAAUCAACAUCUAUGGAAACACGGCCCUUCACCUGGCCUGCUACAACGGGCAGGAUGCUGUAGUUAAUGAGCUGACUGACUACGGUGCUAACGUGAACCAGCCCAACAACAGCGGGUUCACCCCUUUGCAUUUCGCUGCUGCCUCCACACACGGUGCUUUGUGUCUUGAACUAUUGGUAAACAACGGGGCGGAUGUUAACAUCCAGAGUAAAGAUGGCAAAAGUCCACUGCACAUGACAGCUGUCCAUGGAAGGUUCACACGGUCACAAACUCUCAUUCAGAAUGGAGGUGAAAUUGACUGUGUGGAUAAGGAUGGCAACACUCCUCUCCAUGUGGCUGCAAGAUACGGUCAUGAACUUUUGAUUAACACCUUAAUAACCAGCGGAGCUGACACAGCCAAGUGUGGAAUCCAUAGCAUGUUCCCCUUACAUUUAGCUGCCCUAAAUGCUCACUCUGACUGCUGCAGAAAGCUGCUAUCAUCGGGACAAAAGUAUAGCAUAGUAUCCUUGUUUAGUAAUGAGCACGUGCUGUCUGCAGGCUUUGAAAUAGACACCCCAGAUAAAUUUGGAAGAACGUGCCUUCAUGCUGCCGCUGCAGGAGGUAACGUGGAAUGUAUAAAACUCUUGCAGAGCAGCGGAGCAGAUUUCCAUAAAAAGGACAAGUGUGGGAGGACGCCUUUGCACUAUGCAGCUGCAAAUUGUCAUUUCCAUUGUAUUGAGACAUUAGUGACCACAGGGGCCAACGUUAAUGAAACAGAUGACUGGGGACGGACAGCUUUGCACUAUGCUGCUGCAUCAGACAUGGAUAGAAAAAGUAAGACUAUCUUAGGAAAUGCCCAUGAAAAUUCAGAAGAACUUGAAAGAGCCAGAGAGCUGAAGGAAAAGGAAGCCGCAUUAUGUCUAGAGUUUCUGCUUCAAAAUGAUGCAAACCCAUCUAUCCGGGACAAAGAAGGUUACAAUAGCAUACAUUAUGCUGCUGCCUAUGGCCACAGACAAUGUCUGGAAUUGCUUUUGGAAAGAACCAACAAUGGUUUUGAAGAAUCAGAUUCCGGUGCUACCAAGAGUCCGCUCCACUUAGCUGCCUACAACGGGCACCACCAAGCCUUGGAAGUCCUUCUGCAGUCGCUGGUGGACCUGGACAUCAGGGAUGAGAAAGGCCGCACCGCUUUGGACCUGGCUGCCUUUAAGGGACACACAGAAUGCGUGGAAGCACUUAUCAAUCAGGGCGCAUCCAUCUUUGUGAAAGACAAUGUAACCAAAAGAACCCCACUUCAUGCCUCAGUAAUUAAUGGUCAUACACUGUGUUUGCGGCUAUUACUAGAAAUUGCAGACAACCCAGAAGCAAUUGACGUGAAAGAUGCCAAAGGACAAACCCCACUGAUGCUUGCAGUAGCAUAUGGCCACAUUGAUGCUGUUUCAUUGUUGCUGGAAAAGGAAGCAAAUGUAGAUGCUGUUGACGUCAUGGGCUGCACAGCUUUACACAGAGGGAUUAUGACAGGCCACGAGGAAUGUGUGCAAAUGCUGCUGGAACAAGAAGUGUCGAUUCUCUGUAAAGAUUCCAGAGGGAGGACACCCCUGCACUACGCGGCGGCUCGUGGCCAUGCCACAUGGCUGAGCGAGCUGCUCCAGAUGGCACUUUCCGAGGAGGACUGUUCUUUCAAAGAUAACCAAGGCUACACGCCACUGCACUGGGCUUGUUACAAUGGUAAUGAAAACUGUAUAGAGGUACUUUUGGAGCAAAAAUGUUUUCGAACAUUUAUCGGUAAUCCCUUUACUCCACUGCACUGUGCAAUAAUAAACGAUCAUGAGAAUUGUGCGUCAUUGCUACUUGGGGCCAUAGAUUCCAGCAUUGUCAAUUGCAGAGAUGACAAAGGCAGGACACCGCUUCAUGCAGCAGCAUUUGCUGAUCACGUGGAGUGCUUGCAGCUUCUUCUGAGACACAGUGCCGAAGUGAACGCAGCAGACAAUUCAGGGAAAACAGCACUGAUGAUGGCUGCUGAGAAUGGGCAGGCAGGCGCUGUGGAUAUCUUGGUGAACAGUGCCCAGGCUGAUCUGACUGUAAAGGAUAAAGACUUGAACACAUCCUUACAUUUGGCUAGUAGCAAAGGUCAUGAAAAAUGUGCCUUGUUAAUACUUGACAAGAUACAGGACGAGAGCCUUAUUAAUGCAAGAAAUAACGCACUGCAGACACCCCUCCACGUGGCUGCACGAAAUGGCUUGAAGGUGGUAGUUGAGGAGUUGUUGGCCAAAGGGGCCUGUGUACUCGCUAUAGAUGAAAAUGGUAUUGGAACUAGCAGCCCAUGCCUAUUUCUCAGAAGUCAUACCCCGGCCCUGGCUUGCGCUCCUAACAAAGACGUGGCUGACUGCCUGGCCCUCAUUUUGGCUACCAUGAUGCCUUUUUCUCCUCCCAGUACAAUGACGGCUGUCAACUUCGUUUGUUUUAAAAAAGACAAUUUGAGCAGGACGACCCUCUCCAAUCUGGGUAGUAUGGUUAGCCUGUGCAGUAACAACGUAGGCUCAGAGGACGGGUACAAUGAAAAUGAUUCUGAUUCAGAAACGUUUUGACUUUGGACUGUAGAAGCUUUUCCCUCAUCACCCAUAAUGGAAGAAGGGAAAGAAAUUUGACUUCCAGGUUUAUGUUGUGUUCAAGUGUUAUCAUGGGCCUGGGCUUCCAGAAGCCUGUAGAGAAGGAAUUAAUCAAACCCAGAGAGGGCAGCUAGGCUGUAGGACAAAGCACUCACACAGAUGGGCGCCAAUUUUUAUUUGUCUUUAUGUUUUCCUUAGAUCUAAGAUACUUCUGUGAAAGUCUACCUCUCAUUUAAGUAAGAAGUAAAAAAUGCAUUUAAUUCUUUUUCUUUUGGCAUAAUGCAAUUGAGAGGGAGCGGUUCUCUAUAAAGAAUUUUUUUUCAUAUACUCACGCAGUUGUGAGUUCUAAGAAGCAUAUCAGUAUGACAUUCAUGUCCCCUGGGAGGGGAUGGAAGGUAUGGAUAGGAAUUGCCUCAAAUCUCUUCUCACUUUGAUGUUUACUUCCUUACUAGAAGCCAAAGUAAAGGUGUUCAUCUUCAGAAAUGAUGCCUGUAAUAAUCUUUUUGAGGGAGUCCAAUUAUUCAUAUAUCUUCUCUAUAAUACGCACUUAAAUAUCCAGAACUUCUUUCCAAGGAUUUUGUCAAAGUUGCCAGAUGAAUGGAAAAAUUCACUGAAAAUUGAAGUUGCUUUUUUCAUUUAACACAAAUAUGGCACCGAAUACUCCCUGUAACAAGUCUGUGAGUAGUUUUCACCUGACUGAUUGAAUCCAAAUCUAUGUAAUAAAAGUUCAGGUGAAAAGUUGUAUUGCACCAAAACUUUGAGACAUAUGCAAAUUUAAUAUGAAACUACCCUUUAUUUAUUUGUUAAUUCAUCCUUAAAUCAGAAUGCUAACUUUUUAAAAAACAUCAGAACCAUCGACCUUGUUUAUCAGUAGUAAAAUGUUAAAUGAGCUUCUCAGUCAAGGUCAUGCCAAGUGAGUGGAAGUGUGACUACAGAAGGAAGCAAAGGAGGUGAAAGCAGAAAGUAGAAAUGGGUGAUGUGGAAAUUAAAGCCAACUGAUAGUUACUUGAUGAUCAAAUCAACAUAGUGAAUACUGCGUCUGCUCCCUCUGCCAAAGCUUCUAGGUCAAAUGGACCCCGUUCUGCACCUGGAAUAGCUGUACAAAAAGAAGAAUGAAACUCUUUAAACAUUAUGCACCUACACACGCACACAUAGAUGUAUGUGUGUGUGUGUGUGUGUGUGUAUAUAUAUAUAUAUAUAUAUAUGUCUGUAGUUCAUCAACCAGCUAUACGUGAGGACCAAAAUGCUUCAGUCUAAAAUGGAAGAAUUUAAUUGUUUUCCUUCAAAAUGGAAAUGAGAACUGAAGUAGCUUUUCUAUGGAGUUCAACUGUAAUCUUUUUGUGUAACAGUCUUUGUUGUAUUUUAUAUUUCUUAUGACACAGAUUUCUAGUUGAUGGCUUAACAUUUGUAACUGAGAAUGUGUUGACCAAGGCUUUUUUUUUUUUUUUUUUUUUGCCAAACUAGAGAAAAUGUUCAUAUACUUUUGAUGUAAAUGUGUUUGUAUUUAUUUGAAAUGAAACAAAUGUCGAGGAACAUCCGUUGUUUGUUCUCUGUGUUAAUUGCUGUGUGCGUGACUUGGAGUAACAAAAAAGCAGAAAAACCCUCUGGACCCUCUCUGGGCUAGCCAGCAGUCCUGGGCCAAGCCCAGCAUUUCCCCUGCUAAGGUUGCCAGCCGACCCUCAGGUUCUUCCGCGUCGGUUGGAGAGGGGUGCGACAUCCAGGGCUCAGCCCCAGUCUGUAGCCAGCCUUGAGAGCCUAGGAGACACUGCUGUCCUUAAAGCUCUUCUGCGAGAUGAAAACUCAGGUGGGUGGUGGAUCAUAUGCACAAAGGUGGCCCAAAGAAAGAUGCAGGAACUAUUCUGAACACGCUGAAAAUCUCACGUGGUCCCCCAAACGGAAUGGGAAAUGAUAUCAGUGUGUGAGUCCAUGUACCAAGAGAAGAAAUACAAAUCACCAGCUCAAGUGCUAUUUUCCGCUUGAGGAAGAAACCGGAGAGAAACGUGUUGCAUUCGGGCGGGACUCUGACGUUUUAUAAUCAGUUCAAUUUUCACCCUGGAAAUUUCUCUUUUAUAGCGUGUGUGAGAUAUUUUUAAAACAGUGUUCUAUCAUAUCUGGAUCAAAUACACAUACCGUAUUAUAUUUUUCAUCUAACUGUAAAAGACUUUACUCUUACUCUUUUAAUAUUCUGGAUAUAAUUAAAAACUCACGUUGGGUUCUUCACAGAUGAGAACUUGUUCAAAGGACUUCUAGAAUUGAUAUUAAUUCCACUGACGAUUUUUGACACCACCAACAUUGUUUUUUAAAUUCUUGGUGUUGUGCUCCCCUCCUUCCUCUGUCCUUUUUGUUUGUUUAGGGAAGAUGAAUUUUUAAAAAGUAGAUAAAUUGCUAAUGAGCAAUAAUGACCUUGUCUUUACCAAAACACUGAAAGUAAGGGAGAUCCAAUGCUAAAAAAAAAAAGCACGAUAUACUGUGGUGUCUUUUCUAGAAGUGAAUGGAAAUCUUUCUCCAUUGGCAUUUAAAGCAGGAAAGGAAAUGCCUGCUUUUAGUGGGUGAAGCAGCGUUCACAUUUUUCCUGCAGAGUAGCCUAGAGAUACAAGGAAGGUUGCAGCAAAGCGGUGGCGGCCAUGGACAUUUCUCUCCAUGUAGCUGGAUUUUGACUUCUCCCCUCUCUCACUGAUAGAGGGAGGACAAAGGAACAAAAUGAAAUCAUGCUCGCUCUGAAUUGUUCAUUGAAUCAGAUCUCUCUCCCACACUCUCUCAGUUUCUCCAUUCCCCAAGACCAAAUUUUUUUCUUUAGGAAAUGACUUUUAAAACUCUGAGUUCUGUGUGUUUCAAGUACAUCUCGCAGAAAUAAAACUAGAUUUGCAUCAUAGUUUUCUAAGAAAAAAAAAAUUAUGCUUUUAACUGAGUCUUAGCUGUUUAGCGCUUUUACCUAAAUGUGUUGUUUUUGGACUGUAUUUUAACCACAGCCACAGGGAUCAUGUUUCAUUGCACUUAACCUAUUCGCCGUGUCUGCCUAUCCUUGGUAAAUACAUUACUAUCUCCAAAUUGCCUAAAAUCUGCUAUGAUUCUACAGUAAAAAGCUCAGGGGAUUUCUAUUUAUCACUACUAAAAGGGCACCAUAGUAUGUUUUGGUACUUUAGGCAGUAAACAGCUGCUUGAUUUUUUAUUUUAUUAUAAGAUUAGAAUAAGAACAUCAAAUGGAUUUGCUGCACUCGUUAUUCUUUGUACUGUUGAGCAACUUGGUUUGCUUAUCUGUUGCAUUGGUUGAAGAACUCACCCCCUUUUUUGUCUUGUAAUAUGAAGUUGGAGUGCCUUUUUAUAUUUGUAUAUUCUGAAAAUGUUCUGUGAAAUGUUUUGUAUUUUUUUCGUUUGAGUGUUAUCGGAGCAAUAUAAUACCAGUGAGUUUUCAUUUCAGCCUUUCUUUGAAUGUAUAAAGUGUCUUUUUUUCCUAUUUCCCCUUUACCUGCUUUGAAAUGAAAAUGCCGAAGUUUUCUAUGGGAAUUAUGUUGAAUUUUGCAGUGCUAAAAUGCUUUCUUCUUACAAAACUGUAAACCAUAGGUCAAUGUUCUAGGGGAAAAGCGUUUUAAGAUAGUGACAAUCUGAGUGUGUGUAAAAAUGUAAUUUUAUGCGUUUCUUAUGCAGUGAUCUAAAAAUUCAAUGCAAAUAUCUUUUGUUUGGUAGUUUCGUCUACAUAUUUUAUGCUUUAGCAUGUGCAAUAUAUCUUUGCAAAGCACGAUGAUACAAAUCUGGUGCCAGUGUUAUAUUUUGCAUAACAUAUUUGUAAUCGCAUAAAAUACUGUUUGAUGAUUUCAGUGGGAUUUUGUCUGUAAUGUUUUCUUAUGUAAAUUGGAGUUGAAUGACUCUGGUAAAUGUCAUGACUGUAAAAAUGAAGACAAUGACUUUUAGUUCAGUGAAUGACUUUGAACCAAUCUGAAUCUUUUCAAGCACAGUUUAAUACUUUUUCAACUACUGAAUGCUAAUAAUGUAAUGAAGUACUUAACUGUAAUAUACUAUGGAAAUGCAUUCAGAUGGUUAUUUUUACAAAUAAAAACGGUACAAAUAUUGUUACAA